UCAAAAUCAGCUGAGUGCUGGGGAGUGUGAAUUUGGGGCCGUGCAAAUCAAAGAAAAUGAAGACUUUUUGCUAUGUUAAUUAUUACAGAAAACUUCUUAGAAAAGCACCUAUACGAAAUUACUCUUCUAGUGCAAGCGAUAGUAAUAUUGAAAAUAUAAGGAAUAUUGGUAUAUUAGCCCACAUAGAUGCAGGUAAGACUACCACAACCGAGCGCAUGCUCUUCUACUCCGGCAAAAUUCGGUCCAUGGGAGAGGUACACCAUGGGAACACAGUCACCGAUUACAUGGAACAGGAGAGGCAGCGUGGAAUCACCAUUACAUCUGCUGCAGUGUCGUUCCCAUGGAGAGGCAGCCAGAUCAACUUGAUAGACACCCCGGGGCACAUUGACUUCACCAUGGAAGUGGAACAGAGCCUUGCUGUGCUUGAUGGGGCUGUGAUAGUCAUGGAUGCUUCUGCUGGAGUAGAAGCGCAGACGCUCACAGUGUGGCGGCAGGCCGGCGGCUACCGCGUGCCGCGGCUCAUCUACCUUAACAAGAUGGACCGCGCCGACGCCGACCACGCUGCGUGCGCGCGCGCCGUCAGGGACAAGUUGCAAGCGCAGCCGUUAGUGCUGCACGCGCCCGUGCAUCAUGAGGGACGGUUUAUAGGUCUCAUAGAUUUAAUCACACUAGAAGAAGUAAUCUGGACGCAAGGCCGUGGUCAGAACUUCAUCCGGCGAAAACUGACUGAAACCAAAGACGGCCACAAGUGGGAGACCUCUAUGGACAGCCAUAGGCAACUCGUCGACACUCUAUCUUCUAUGGACGACCAGCUAGCCGACACUAUCAUACAACAAGAAUCUCUGGAUAAUUUGAAAAGUAAAGACAUUGAAGCAGCAGUUAGGAGAUGUACCAUAGACAUGAAAGGGUUUCCAUUGCUUUGUGGUAGUUCAUACAAGAAUAUAGGAGUUCAGACGUUGAUGGAUGGUGUAAUAUCUUAUCUGCCUUCUCCGCUGCAAUGCAACGAACUGUAUAAGUGUUUCGGGCAGGACUUGGCUGCGCGUGCGUUUAAAGUACAGCACGACGAUCAGAGGGGGGUUCUGACGUUCUUGAGGCUGUAUGGAGGAGAGAUCAACAAGGGACAGAAGAUAUACAACUUGGCCAGGGAUCGAAGUGAACAGGCUGGGGCUUUAUACGUAGCUCUCGCGGACGAAUACAAGCCAGUUGAGACGGUCACCGCUGGGAAUAUCGCUGUCGUUAGUGCUCUCAAGGCGACGAUGACCGGCGACCUGGUGACGUCAACGCAGUCGGCUGCUGGCCGCGCCAAGGAACGGCUUGCAACCACCCUGAAGCAGCAGGAUAAGGUGGAACAGCUGAUGCUGCCGAGCGCCCGUCAGAGACUCCAAGCUUUGGAGACAGAGCCCAGUAAUGAGGAGUUAGCUGACGUGCUGUUAGGAAUCGGAACCACAAUCCCCGAGCCAGUGUUCCUGUGCUCCAUCGAGCCUCCGAGCAUUGCGUACCAGAACGCACUUGACAUAGCACUUGCCGAGCUCACCCGGGAAGACCCGAGUCUUCGCGUCUCCACCGAUGACGAGACCGGCCAGAUGGUCUUGGCUGGCAUGGGCGAGCUUCACCUAGAAAUCAUAAAGGAGCGAAUCAUCCGCGAGUACAAGAUAGAAGUGGAACUAGGGCUGCUUCAGAUCGCCUACCGCGAGGCUCUGGUAGGAACCGCUAAGCAUACCCUAGCGGUGGACAGGAAGAUCGGCAGCUUCAAGCAGCAGGUCAAGAUCACCAUGUCUGCCAAGAAUGCGAAGGUCGCGCAUGAUAAGGUGUUGAGGCUAGACAAAUCGGCCGAAAGCGCGGCCAACCUGUCUCACAUCCACCCUCGCACGCUGCAGACCAUAAACACCGCCGUCGCCACGGCCCUACAGCACGGGCCCAAGCUUGGCUGCCCGCUGGUGGACGUGCAGGUGACGCUACACUGGCUGGAAGUGACGCGCAGCACGUCCGACUCCGUGCUCGGCGCCACCGUCGUGCAGUGCCUCCGGAAGGUGUUCGAGGAAGCAGACUCAAUGCUGCUAGAACCUGUGAUGUCAUUGGAAGUAGUGUGUCCCGAAAGCCACGCGGCGCGAGUGUUGACCGACCUCACGCGGCGCCGCGCUGAGAUCAGACACAUACAGCUGCGACACCAGAACAAGGUGAUCGAGUGCCUCGCGCCGCUGUCCGAACUGCUGGGCUACUCGACGACACUCCGGUCUCUGAGCUCGGGACUGGCAUCCUUCUCCAUGGAGUUCCACUCCAACCGCCAGAUGGCACCGCACGACGAGGAGAAGGCCAUCAGAAACGUCACCGGCUUCUGAUGUCACAGUGAGGAUUAUUGAAGUUUUUAUUGUUUUGCCUUAACACAAAUGGGGUAAGGUUUAAAAUGGAGUGGCAAUAGGGCAAGAACGGAAGAAAAUCUGAAGAAAGGAUAGUUUAAGCCUUGAUCACACGUACCGAGUAAUCGAGCGAGACAGUGCUCUCGGCCGAGUACUCGGUGCGUAUGAACAUAGCGCCGAGUGCUCGGCCGAGCAAAGCGGCGAGACAGUAGCUCGACUCCCGUUCUACUUACUAGGCCGAGUGUCCACCCUCCCGCUGCCCCGCACUCUCGCUCGCUCGCUCGGCAGGUCUGAACGUGCACUGUCUCGCCACUCACCACUCGGCCAAAUGAUUGACGUCACGUCCACAGAUUAGAGAAAAAGAAAAGUCUCAAUAAAACUGAACUGACUGUGCUAAUUUCAAAACACGUGUGAACAGCUACUCGCUUACAUCAUUGUCUCGACCGAGUAACCAUUUUAGAAUCUCGCCCGUUUACUCGGUACGUGUGAUCAAGGCUUUAGUGGCGAA